GCCGGCGCUCCGAUCAUGUCCUGGUGGCGCGCGGCGCUGCCGGGGACGCGGCUGAUCCGGCGCGGGAGCGGCUCCGCGCGCCAGCUCGGCCGGGCGGCCGGAGCUGCGGCCUCCGGGAUGGGGAACAGCACAUCAUCAUCUUUGGGGAAGUCAGCAACUGCUCCUGUGAAUCAGAUUCAAGAAACAAUUUCUGAUAAUUGUGUGGUGAUUUUCUCAAAAACAUCUUGUUCUUACUGUACGAUGGCGAAAAAACUUUUCCAUGACAUGAAUGUUAACUAUAAAGUGGUGGAAUUGGACAUGCUUGAACAUGGAAGUCAAUUUCAAGAUGCUCUCUACAAAAUGACCGGUGAAAGAACCGUACCAAGAAUAUUUGUCAAUGGAACUUUUAUUGGAGGUGCAACUGACACUCAUAGGCUUCACAAAGAAGGGAAACUGCUUCCACUAGUUCAUCAGUGUUAUUUAAAAAAAAAGCAACAGCAGGAUGGACACUUCCAGCAAAGGUCUCAUUAUCAGUGAAGACAAUGAAGACAUCAGCAGCUGUGUUUGUCAUUUGAGCCCAGAUCAUCGGAAGAGAGCAAUCAGUUCCACCUGCUGGGAUCUAAUGCAAAACAAAAACAUGGAUUAGAAUAAAAGUGCCCUAGUUUCCAUACUGAGAUGUCUGAAAUAAUUAAAUAUUUAAAAAUAC